UUCGAUAUCACUUAACCGGACUAUCAAGUUAGUUCUUAAUACAAUUUUCUUCUUCGCCCUUUCAUUAGCGAAUUUUCCUGUUGGUUAACUGAACCCAAUUAAGCAUGGAAUCUGAGUGACGCGACGCGCUGUCUGACUUCUAAUUUGAAAAGGAACCACCUCACAUGCUUCGUGGUGAAUUUAAUGUUUAUAAUAAUAUCGGCGAAAGCUGACAACAGUGUCUCAUAGAGGGGGCCCUCGCUCUUGAGUUUUUACUCCCAACAACUCGAACGCAGUCUCGUUGAUAUUUCGUAGUACGAAUGUUGUUUUGCGCCGGUCGAAUUACAUACAAAAAAUUUAUGAUUUCGUAUAGUAAAUUGUCGAAGGACAAAGUAUUUGUCGGUGGUGUAUGUGUUUAUGAAAAUUUUUAGUGUUUGUUGUUUUCAGUGGAUAUUGUUUAUUACUUUGUGAACUUUUUAGAGAACUCACUUUCAUACAAUUUUUGAAACUUACAGGAAACAUUCCAGAGAGUACAGGAAGCACAAGUCGAACACAGGUUUCCGAAUCCAACCGGGAUAGUUAGUUUACCAAGAGGAAGUAGAGGACCGAGGAGCCUAUAUUUGAGACGGUAUGGAGACAGUUUUGGAUUUACUCUUAGGCAUUUCAUCGUCUACCCACCAGAAUCUAUUGCAGAAUACCAUGAUGGUAGACAUGCUGCUGUGGGUGCUCUGCUCGCGCCCAUGGACACCAUCUUCGUGAAGCACGUAAAAGAUAGGAGUUCGGCUAAAUUAGCUGGAUUACAGAAAGGUGAUCGAUUGGUCGCCGUUAAUGGGAUACCCGUUAAAGAUAAAACUUAUUCUCAAGUGGUGCAAUUAAUAGUUAAUAGUCCGGAAUAUCUUCAUCUAUUGGUGGUGCCUAAAGAAGAAGACGUUUUGCAAAGGUUUUUUGCCGAAACUGCACAUAAUCCAGUAAGUAACCAACAAAUCUACCCGGAAACUCCCGUGGACAAACACACAGCUCAACAGAUUAUAUCUAAACGAUUAGCUCACGUACCUCCAGAAUUCCAAGUGGACGCAUUUUCCUGGAGAACUUUGCAACAACCGUAUGGAAUAAUUGGAGAACCACUUCAAAGAGUUGAAUACGAAAGGGGACAGCACAGUGCCGAGAGUCUUCUACAAAACGUUCCUAGAAGAAAUAACCAACAAGAGAUAUAUGCAGAAAUCCAGCCCCAUGACACGGAUAAGAUCAGAAGGUCUAAGGCUGCACCCCAGGUCCCCUUAUAUAAGAAAAUGGACAGAAGGGCAAGCGAAGGAAAUAUAUUAUCUAACCCAGAACGGUACAACACAGAAUAUAGUAGCCUAAUACCUAUGAGUGAAAAUAAAUACAACAUGACGACGAUAUACAAAAGCAGUAAUUACAUGUCGGAAACCCCCGACUUUUCAUCAAAGACCCCAAACUGUAGACAUAGUAUGGAAGUCGAGAGAAGAAGAGAAUCCACCUCUUCGCUGUCUUCUUCUAUACCAGAGAGCACCAAAGACAGUCUAAUAUCUUUCGACUCCAAUUCUACAUUAACCGGACACGAAACAGACGAUUCCGCAAUCAUGAAUAGAUUUAGAAAAAGCGUCCAACAAAAGGAGGAGUUUCUUAAAACGCCCGUCAACGUAACGGAUCAAUCGAUUGUUAGAAAAGAAUUUUAUAGCAGGCCGAAAAAAUUGGAAAGACAAGUAUGGCCUCCGAACGAACGAGAAUCCAAAAAUUCGAAACCCAGCCACCAAAAUUUCAUAAGGGUCAAAAACGAUAUUGAAAAUGAAAGAGAUCUUAGCGGAGGUAAUCCUCAAAAUGGUUAUCCGGUACAAGGAGGAGCGAUAAAUAAUGUACCUCAACAAAGAGGCGUUACGUCACCCAAGGAAAAAAUACUCGUUAAUGCCGAUAGAAUAUAUGAAGCUUCAAUACCUCCCAGCGAAUUCGAUAGCACGGAAGGACUGAAUGGAUCAGCAGCAGAAGAUGCCUACAUUGACGAUAGAAGGGUCUAUUCUCCGCCUCUGCAGAUCGUUUCAAAACGAGCUAAAGAUUUCGAAUCCGGUAAACCUCUACCAGAGGAUGAUCCAAUACAAGCGAACAAAACUAAUUUUUCUCGAAGCGAAUUAGCAAGACUCAGUAGUAAGAAAUUGGUGCCAAAUGUUACCGAACUGGCUCAGGAUUACGAAAUAAAAGCGUCGGAACCGAAAAAAGAUACAAGUCUAACUUCAACCACCUCAUCUAACUCAGUAUUGAAGAGGAUACAAAGAGAUAGCAGAUCGUUGGAUAGCUCUGGGAGCAACGCCAGCAGUGCUAGCGUCCACGAAAUAUUAUUUGGAGGCGGCAGCGGUAAGGGGCUUUCCGGAAAUGUCACCAUUUCCAGCGGAAGCAAAUACUUACACUGCCCCCUGCCCUCAGAAUUUCAAUCGGGCAAACCACCAGCAGAUAUUGUAGAUCUGACACCAAAAAUGCGAGUUAGAUCGAACUCAGUUGAAUCCUGGAUUGGUGCGAUGACCGAUAGAAGAAAGGCGAAAGAUGAGUCACAAAAAACACGAGACUGUGAAGUGACUCUGGAUUUAAGCCGAUCUCCUUCGAACCCACCUUGCACCGAUUUACCUCCUCUAAUACCAGAAUCAGUCGAACGUAUCCAUCUCGCUCCUUCUGUUUCUAUAACUCCUCCAACUCCGAUGAAUAAACCGAUUCGACCCACUCAGUUGGAUUUAGACGGGCCCGUCAAAUCUGCUUGGCUCUUAAAACCGCCUAGUACACACCCGGACGCGUCCCAAAGACGGAGUCUUACACCUCAUUUUGAUGAUAAACCAGUAGUUGUGAAGAGGAGGAAUAAAAGUACUAACAUGGCUGAUGAUGAACGAGCAACCCGUCGAGAAUCUUACUUGAAGGCAACCGAAGGUGGUAGAAUGUACAUUGACAGCGAUUUAAGUGAUAGUGGUGAACUUUCUCCGCAGGCGCUGAGAAGCGCGCACAGGCGAUGGCGUCCUCCUCUAUUUCCCGGUGAUAUACAACAACUCAGAAAACUCUUCGAAGAUGCUGCCUCCUCUUUGGGUGGUAGCAUCAGUAGCAGCAACGCGUCUUUAGAUCGUGAUAAAGUGUCGGAAGGAUCUAGUCCCUUAGUGGAAAGUAAGGAGCUAUCGUUUAUCGUGAAGGACGGAGUACUGCACUGUAAAAUAUUGGAGAUAGAUGGCAAACGCGCCACCGAUAGAUCUUGGAAACAAGUAUUCGUGGUCUUGAAAGGUCCCAAAUUGUUUCUUUAUCGUGACAGACAUCAUCAGAGUCCCGUAGGAACUUCAGAUUCUUUAGACCAAUCGUUAUCUACUGGCGUCGAUAUGCGUACGAGCGUCGUUCGUGUAGCCGAAGAUUACACCAAACGAAAAAAUGUUCUCCGAGUAUCUGCAGUUAAACCGUGCAGAUCUGAAUUUUUACUCCAAGCCGAUAGUUCGGACGAAUUCGCCGAUUGGGUUAAAAUUUUACAAGAACAGGUAGCAGCUAGUACUGAUGCAGAAUUGGAACAGCAAUGCAGUAAACAAAAAGCGGUGCCCCAGCUAGUACCAGCAUCUACCACCAUACAAGUCCAAGGUAGUUAUUUAUCUCCUCAGCUGAAUAAACAGAAACCUACCACUUCUCGAAAUCGUUCACCAACAGGUCAAUCUCCUGUUAGUAAAAGUAGAAAAUCUUCCCAAAUACCAGAACCUGGUGCGACUAGUCCGAAAUCCAAGACAUGGCGAGGCAGAAUGGUAAAACAAUUCAAGAAAUUCAAUCAAGGAGGAAAUAGCCCUAGCAGUCCAACGGCACCAGAAGGAUCUACUUUUGGAAUUCCGAUAGAGCAUUGUAUACCAUCUGAUAACAAUCAUUAUCUUCCGAGAUUUGUGGAAGUUUGUACUGAUAUCAUCGAUGAAAGGGGGUUGCAAACUAUCGGUAUAUAUCGAGUACCAGGUAACAAUGCAUCCAUAACAGCUCUAACAGAUGAAAUCAACAGGAACCACGAAGAAGUUCCAUUAGAAGACCACAGAUGGAACGAUUUGCAUGUAGUGAGCAGUUUAUUGAAAUCGUAUUUCAGAAAAAUGCCAGACAGUCUAAUCACAGUUCAACGUUAUCAGAGUUUCAUCAAAGCAGAUAAAAUUGAAAAUCCGAAGGAAAGAAUGGAGCAAUUGAGACGUUUAAUUAAAAGUCUUCCUAAACAUAAUUAUUACACUUUGAAACAUAUGGUGAUGCAUUUGAGGAGAGUGGGUAAUAAUUCUAACGUCAACAAAAUGGAUUUUAAAAACUUGGCUAUAGUAUUUGGUCCUACAAUAGUGAGAGCGGAAGAAGAAAAUAUGGAGAGUAUGGUCAGUCAUAUGAAUAACCAGUACAAGAUUGUGGAGACUUUAUUAACCCACGCGGACUGGUUUUUCCCGGAAAACGAAACUGAGGAAAAUCUUCCGGUACCAGAUAGUUUAGUUGACGUUAACGAAGAAUUCGAUAAUAACAAUCAAUCGUUAUUGCUAAACAAUAUUGGAAAAUAUGGAGCUCUAAAGGACCAGAAAGAAAAAAACGGUGCACUAUUUUAUUCGAUAAUUUCGGCUGCCCAACAAAAAAUCAAACGGAAACCCCAUAAACCGAUGAACUUGAUGCAAGAAUCUAAAGAAGAACCGGCAUCGCCUACUAAUCUAAAAGUCUUCCCAACCCAAUCGUUUUCACCAAUUGAUCUCAAAGAUAGUUCGUUGCCAGAUGAAAAAUCCCCAGAGAUACCAACAACUGUAACGGACAUUGAAAAGAAGAGCGCUACAGAAAAAGUGCCUUGGUUCAAAUACGAAUCCGACAAAGAUGAGUUUCACCGAAGAAUUGAAAAUUUCAAACAAGAAACCGAAGCCAUGUUACAGUUACCCAGGAAAACGGAAAUUUCCGUUAGCAAUAUAGAUCCCCGUUCGAUUGGACAAAACAGUUCAACAACAAGCAACAACAGAUUGAAUAUCCCCAAACAAUCGGACGUUCAUCAUCUUAUGAAAACUAAUAGUGCUACAAACGUGUUUUCGAGGACUAACAAUCCAGCAGAAGUGAAUCGUAAUAGUCUAGCUUCUAUUGAUAAUUUUGCCGUGCAAUAUACGAAUAAUAAGAACGGUAACGAAUAUAAUUACGUAAAGCAAAGAGACGUUAAAAAUGCGACAAAAAACUUGAGCGGUGGUGAUGAUACAGAUGGUGGUUUUAGUGAUAGGACAAUUAGUAAUUUUAGAGGAAAUAUUAGACGGGGCGGUUCGGUAGAGAACGUCAGCUCUAAUUCUGUUGAUCUAGUAUCUAAUGGAAAGAAAAUAAAGUAUGAAAGUGAGAAUGAGAGUGGAAGAAUUGCAACGGGUUCGUUGGAGUCUCUUAAUAAAUUAGCAAAUGAUGACGAAUCUUUAUUGAGUACGAUGACAAAACUCAUCGAUGAAAGGCUAAAAGAAGAACCUUCAGUUUUAUCUGGAGAUGGAAUCCCAUUCGUGGACGAAUCACCGGAAAAACAUCCGAAAAAUUUUUACCUGGACAAGGAGAACAUCCCACAGGCUAGUGACUUGUACAGAAAUCCUAGUUUACAUAAAAACCAACUCAAAAUGUCGAAAAAAGAAGAUAAAGAAUAUAAAAACGAUAAAGAAAAAGAAGAAGAUACGAUGGCUAUGGAAAAAGUACCUGAUAAUGAUAGAAACAUAACCAAAACAUUGAUGUUUUCAAAUAACAAUAAAUUUAACCAGAACGGAACUAAGUUGAGACGAUCCGAGUCUUUGAAUAAACCAGAAAGAACUGUCUCCCCUCUCAAUAAUAAAUUAAAACGAUCCGAAAGUUUAAACAAAGCGGGAGAUAGAUUAAAAAGAUCGGACAGCUUAAGUAAAAGCGAAAAAACCGAAAGCAAUAUAAAUAGAAAGCGGGAAAUAACGCUAAGUAAUCGCAGAUUCAAAGAUUCAAAUAAAAACAAGAGGAAGAACGGUAUGCCAGACCGUUCUAUAAAGAGAAGACACACCGUAGGCGGAACUAAGGAUCCCGACAAAAUCACCUGGGUUAUGGACAACAAAAAUCAAGAAGUAGGUGCGAACCAAGUACCGAGGAAAGAGAAAAACCUUCGUACCAGUUCUCCGGAUUUGAGUACCAUGCGUCGCGAUAGAGUUUGUUUCGAAAUAAAUUUCAUCGGGCCUGAAAAUAUGGUUGUAGCUGUCAGCCAACAUCUCAUAGAAGCUCGACCUCAAAGUUUUCCCGAAUCUUCUAUGUUUAAAGUGCCUCUAGAAUCUCACGUGUGAUCUAAGAAGUUUUGAAUCACAAGACAAAAUAAUGAAUGAAAGGAACACAACAAAAAAUUUCACCCAUCACAAAUUUUAUCACACAAAAUUUUUAAUAAAAAAUAUUGAAUUUCUCUUUUGACUUGAUUUGAAAAGUAUAUGGUUAAUUAUCGGAAAUGGGGCUCCAACACAUCGGGAGAGGAUAUUAGUGGAAAAUAAUUUUCGAAUGCAAUACUAUAAAGAAAUAUUAGCCCCCCAUAAAAAGUUAAUGGAGAUUUGUAGGUUUGUAACAAAGUAGGGCGUUAAUGUGAAGAUAUUAAAAAUCGAAAAAUAUAAAAAAAACAACAAACGCUUUGUGCGAGGAUGGCCAAAAAAGAAAACAGAAAUUUUGAAAAAAAAAUAUAUUUAAUUAUGAAAAUGAUCCUUAUUCAUUUCCAUACAGUUUUCAAUAAGUUUCAUACUUUUUUAUAAACCGCCCAUGUUACUUCUUCGUUUUUAGAAAAAUCUGAACUAUUUUUUAAAAUCUGGAUAUAGUAAUUAAUCAGAGGAGGGUAAAUCAAGCAAAUAGGGUGCAUGAGGUAGCAAUUCAAACUUUAAUUCAUUAAUUUUGGUCAAUAAAAUAACAUAUUUGUGAACUUAUGCAUAGUCUUGAUGAAAUAAUAUUUUCUUCUCAUCAAAAAGUAGUUUUUGCUUUUUUGGUUCGCUUUUUUAAUGAAAAUUAUCCCCAAAAACAGAUUUUAGGACCUUGCUUGUUGUUGGUGGAUAUAGUUCAAGGUGUCAUGACCGAUCUGAAAGAUCUUUUGUGUCCCCUUUUUGUUGCUAUGGUACUGCCUGAUCUAUCAAUCCAUCAUAAACGAAGAAACAAACACUCAAAAUCAAAUCAAAGUGUUGUCAUCAUAUAACAAUGAACAAUAUUCUUCUUCCAGUCACUGAAAAUAUUCAAUAUUGUUGACAGUUUUUCUUUUCUGAUCUAUUAAUCCCACUCCUCUUGGAAAGUUUAUAAUGCGGGAUGGCUCUAGAUUCCAGAGAUCUUCGUUUUCUAUUCCCAAGUUUAGUACUCUAGAGCUAUGUAGUCUUUCACACUUCGAAAGAAUGUGGCUAGAGGUUUCAUAUAACCUUGCUUGCAGACAAAACGGUUUUCACCUUAUUUAGACACGGUUUUACCAUUUCAUUCUCUUGUUUCGAUUAUUUUUUAUCUUUGGUGUGAAGUUAUAUAUCCUAUUCAUGCUUAUAAAACGCUAAAAUUCUAUUUUUGCUAUGAAACUUCAAUAAAUUCGAGACUGUUUUUGCUGGGUCCUGAGCUAUCUAACACAGAAUUUUAUCAUUAUACAAUUUCCAGAUAAUAUGCGAUGCAAUACACUUUUUUCAAUGUCUGUUGUUGUCUUUCCUCACUAUUUCUGGAGUCGUUUUACAUUUGUGUGAUUUUUAACGUGGUAGAUCAUUAAACUCUGCUACCCAACAUAAAAGAAGAAGCAAACAUCCAAAAUAAAAUCCUGAACACACUGUUUACACCAACAUUCACAAUUACACUGUCUGACGAGCGUUUCGAUAACCAAGCUAUCGUCUUCAGAGACUAAGGGUAAACAGUUCACUUUCAGUUUCUGAAGAUGAUAAGUUGGUUAUAGAAACAGGCGCCAGACAGGUACAUUUCAACAAUUUGUAAAUAGACAACGUAGUACUCAACAUACAAGAAGUAUAACUUAUUGUAAUCAACAAAAUCCAUCAAGGAACUAAAUUUCCAUUCCGAGCAGAUAUAAAUGAGAAACUUUUAUACUGUAAUAUUUUUUUAAGAUGUGAGAAUAAUUUGAAGUUGAUUGGAGCCCCGCUUCUGAAAUUUUAGUGUCCCUUAGUCUUAUCAUAUCAAAUAGAACCAAAUUAAGGAAAUUAAAGAAUUGUUGUAGAUAGAGGUGAAGAAGUGUCGUAAAGUCCAAUUAAAUUAUCUUGUGGUUCAGUGUAAUAAAAAAAAUCUUGGAGGUGCCUUUAAAAAACGGAAACAUCAAUUUUUUUAGACUGAUAAGUGUCCAGUGUGCAAUAAUUGUGCAUUUUAAUUUAUUUGUUAUUGAAAAGUAUGAGGAAUUGGAAAUUUUGGAACAAAAUUAAUAAAAAAAUCAACGUUCGUGUAUAUAAUUUUUAUUAUAGAAAAUUAUUUAAAAAAAAUUAAAUUAUUUUAUAAUUUCGAGAAAAUUUGUGAUACAUAUUUUAAUUGAUCAUAUUUUAUAGAUGUAUUUUAUUAUAAAAUAUAUUUUUAGAUCAAAUUAAUUAUUAUACUGAAAAAAAAUUCUAUUAUCUUGUAUUCUGAUUAUAAAGGUGUUUUUGAUUCUAAAUUUAUUAUUUAUGUUCCAUAAUUCACCCAUACAUUAAACUGCAAAUUAUUUUAAACAAUUAGAGGAAAUAAAAUUUCUUAAUAACCUACAAACAGUCUAGACCCUUUAAAGUCAAAUCCUACUGACAAAAAUUUUUAAAUGGAACACAAUAUUCUUAAUAUAGUUUCAUAGGUAUUUACUGGAGUGACGACUUUUACUUCUUCAAUGGAGUGAAAAUAGUUACCCAGCAAUUUCAUGUUAUGGAACAAAACAAAAUUCACAUCGAGUAAAAUCAAAAACAGAAUUACAUCCAAUAAUUUAAAACCAGUCCAAAGACACUUUCAGUCGAUCAUCUUUGAACAUAUGUUUAGUACCAAUUUUUUUGAGAUUAUCUUUGAUUGAAGAAGUUGAAGGCAUGUUUUUGUCGACUUCAAUGGAUAUGUACUAAGGUUUUCAAUAAAACAGAAUACAUACAAUAAGACUUCACAAUACGAAGUACAUCCAGAUUACAAAACUAAGAACAAAUCUUUGGUUUGGUAAAAAUUUCUUGUUAGAUAUUUAUGACCUAACCAAAAUCAAUUUCAAUUAACCAUUUUUGAACUUCUGUUACAUGAUUAUUUGUUAAAUCGAUGGAAUUUAAGAAUAUAGGUAUGUUGGGGUUUAGACUGGUUGCAAUUAUCUAAGAAAAGCAUUUACUUGUUAUUUUUUUUUUAUAUAGUUUGCUUUGAUUACUAUGUGAUUGAGAAUAAUUCCAAUUUAAGCAAAUAAAUUUGUGAUAUAACGCUAGAUUAUUAGGCUUGUACAUAGAAAGUAUUGUACGUUUGUUCAAUAUCGAUUUAUGCUCUACAAUGUGUUUCCAUUUAAUCAUCCAUAAAUAUGAUUCUCAUAUAUUAGAAACUAGUUUUUGGGUAUAUGAGAGAAGAUAACUUGAUUUAAAAAUAUAUAUAUAAGAGCUGCAAGACAUCGUACAGAAUAAUAACAUUCAUUAUAUGAUUGGGUAAAUAUGAAAUUUUGUAAAAUAAUUGAAAAAGUAACUUUAAAUUGAAGUUGUACUUCCAUAAAUUGUUCAGAUUAUUUCAAAAAUUACAAUGUGUAGCAAUAACAAUUGAACUCACUGUUUACUACCAUGAGACGGAUGCAAUUAUAUUAUUUUGUCUUUUGAGGCUUCCACAAGUUGCUGGUUCAUAUCCGGCUCGAAGGACCAGAUAAUGAAAUUGUUAGUAUUGUUGUAAUGGUAGCAAAUAUCAGUUUUAGUAAGAAUAUCAACUAAUGUUUGUCGAUACAAUCGUUAAAAAAAGAUUAUUACUCAGUUGUAAUACAGACGGUAUAUAAUUGUUAAUUAUAAUUGAAACACAUUGAAUGAUCAUAUAUUGUAGCAUAUAUUUAUAAAUUCACUUACAGUAUUUUAGUACUGUGCCAAAAAGAACUAUUGUAUUGAUUUAAGGAAAGAUUAAGCUCGACAGACAUUGUUUUAGGAUUAUAACAUUUUUUGGCUAAUUUUGUACAUAGACAUUGCUUGUGAGUUGGUGUAAAAACGGUAAAAAUAUUAAAUUACUACUAGGCUGUUUGUAUCUCUUGCCUGUUAUUGUUUUCAUAGUUUUAAGACCCAGAAAUGUAUGUGUUGUUGUAACUUUGUGACAAAUUGUAAAUAUAUUUUCAAAUUAUGCACCAAA